AUGGUGACGUUUGGAAGGCACAGUUAUAUCCCGGGCCACGAGCUUAACUCCGCGGGCACGCGGGAGGUCACUUCUAUCGCUCGGAAGGUGUUAUCACCAGAUGAUGCUAAGAAUGAACGAGAUAUCCUGGAACUGAUCCGAGAUUUGAAACAUCCCAACAUCAUCGAGUUUCUAGGACCCUAUGAGCAAGGCGGCCAAAUCAGCCUCCUCUUUCCACUUGCUGAUAUGAAUCUGAAAGAGUUUUUGCUUUACGAAAAGCCGCAUCGAAUGAAAACUCGUGACAUUUAUGCCGCAGCUCAUGGUCUUGCCGACGCUCUCAGCAAUCUCCACAACUUCUUUCUUGAGCCAGAGGACGAGGCACCCGCCAUCCGAAAAGCGGGCUGUCACUAUGGCCUGCGGCCUAGGAACAUCCUGGUUUACCGCGGAACAUUCGUGAGAGCAGACUUUGGGCUGUCGAAGUUAGGCCCCGACGAUCAAGACUCGAAGACACCAGUUAGUGGUUGCGAAAGUGACGACUACAUGCCCCCCGGAACCCUCUACUAUAGCAAUGGUUAUAAGAAGGGCUUAAUCGGACGAGCGUCGGACAGUUGGGCAUUCGGAUGUAUCUUGGCUGAAUUGGCCACUUUCAUCGAGGGUCGCGACGUGGGUGAGUUCCGGACUUCUCGAAGAGCCACAUUUAUGCUAGGCAGCAUCGAAUUCUCUAAUUACGAAUUUCACCUUCAUGGAAAGAUCCGACCUUCAGUUACGAAGAGGCUUGACGAUUUAAAACGGCAGCGCGAGAAUGGGCAAACAGCGGGGUUGCUCGAAGUUGCCUACAAGUUGAUGAACCCCGAUAGCGACUCGAGGGCGAAGAUCUCGGAAGUGGUCCCCAAGCUGAAAGCUUUGGCUGUAGAUGCUACUUAG